UAUAAAUAAAUGUUCAACAAAAACGUUUUUAAAGAUUUUUUUAAACAAUUAUAUUUUAACUGAUUUUAUUAGUGUGGUUUGAGCUGUAAAUUUUAAAUUAUUCCUCCACAAAACCGUCCUUUGGUUGUGCAAAUUGGACCCAAGCACGCAAACUGACCAAAUGCGCACCAUCCGCACCACUGUCACAUUUAUCCUGAAACUGUAAAGAUUUUAGGACCUAAGACUGUGAUCCAGAAACCAGGAAAUGUACAAAAACAAUGGAAAAAAGAAACGCAAGUUUUAUACAGUCGUGUACAUAUCAUUAAUUAGCUUUCAUCUGUUUGAGCGCCUCGCCAUGCGCAAAAACGUACAUGAAUUAUUUGUAUAUCUAUUUGAAACACUCCAAAAAAAGGAAAAAAACCCUCUUUUGUUGGAUCGUUUAAAAGAACAACGAUUAAGAAAAUAAAGGACAAAGCAAAUGCAAAACUCAUUAUAAUUGUUGAUUCCCGUCAGAAACAACAUUGGAUUUUCAUACAGCUAAACAAAAUGCGUGGAACCUUCCCUAUGUGAUUGACUGUGCAUUUCUAUUUUGGUCAAUUGUAACGCGUGGGCGUUUAUUAGAUCCUUUUGCGGCUCAUACUUCAGAGAAUGAGCCACUUUAACGCCAUAAAAUAAUCUCUGAUAUGAACAAAUUUUAAUCAGAAAUGUGGAAAGGUAUUUUUGUUGUCACCCAUUUCCGGUGACCACAGUCCAUGUCGCGCACAUGCAGACCAUUGCGCGUGCCCAUAAAUGCUUUUAGGUUACUUAUAAAUUGGAUCAGAGUUGGGAAGAACCAAAGACAAAGUGAUGCUUCCAGUUCAGCGUCCUGUCAAAAGUGAUCCGGAUAUUGAUGCUGAAGACAAUAUGUCGAGGGGGAGGGGCACAAACUUACCUUUGGACUUUGUCUUUACACGCGAUUGUUAGGCAUUGUCUUUUAUUUUUUAAAAUUUUAUUUAGCUUUUCCAUAUAAAACAUGGAAGCCCAGAGCUUCUAAUCUCAUCAUGUUUACUUAAAAUAAAUAAAAAGAUUGUUCUAUCAACACUGAGUGAUGUCAGGUCAGAGCAGUCUACUAUAACGUGGAGCGUGCAGCCACACUGACCUACAUGUCUGAACAGCAAUAAAUGAGAGCCAAAGGCAGUGCCAUUUUCAAUGACACUGCACCCAGUGCAUGAACACAACAGCCUUGCUCUCCAUCCGGCCAUGUUUGAUUUCCAGCUGUUUUUUCGCAGAAACCUCUCCGAGCCAGACAACCCCCUAAGAUAUAUUAAAGUGCGCUGUCUGCAUUCAGAGAUAUAAUCCAGAGACUAUGCCACUCCGCUCUCUAUUCUCGACCACGUGAUUGUCUAAAUAAUUAAUGCAGCACGUCCCCCUAGAAACACGGCGUCGUCAUUAAUCGCAAGGACUCUAUCAGACUUGAAAACUGAAGAGAUCCCCCAAGAAAAUAAUAUCCGAUUCUCGGCGCAACUGUAGCCCCGCAUUGUAGCUGCGCAUCUGAGCCGAUGGAUGUUCGGGUCGAGAUGGAAGCAGUGAUGAAUGCGUGAGGGAUAUUAAAGAGAUCUUCGCAGAUUUCGCUCAAAGACCAGAGCAACGGUGGGAAACGCCAAUCACGUGAAUUCACAACACCCAUGCGAUUGGAUAGAGCUUUUCUGGCUUAUUGGCUUUGAACCCACAAAAUGCAGAAAGCAACCUAUUACGACAACUCUGGACUGUUUGGAGGUUACAGCUACCCCAAGCCCGACUCUUACAGCUACGGCCCCGCGCACCAGUCCUACCCCACUGCUAAUAUUGAGAGUGACUAUCAAGGCCCGGUGUGUCCCAUUCAGACCCCAGCAGUUCGGCCCCCGGCCCUCAAAGACACGGAUCUGAACGGUGACUGCAUGCGCCAAAGCAGCAGUCAAAGUAGCAACAGCGGCACGCAAGCUGGAAGCAUUUCAGAGCAGCAGGCACCUCCUCUGUCCGCAUCCCCGCCGAGCUCCAACAGCUCUGCGUCCCAAAAGAAGAAGUCCCCCUCCGGUGGAGCCUCCGGGGCCGCCACACCAGCCCUCACAAAACAGAUCUUCCCCUGGAUGAAGGAGACCCGACAGAACUCAAAGCAGAAAAGCAACAACUGUGUUGCGGCAGGUGGGGAGGUGAGCGACGAGAAAAGCCCACCGGGACCGGCCUCCAAACGGGUCAGAACUGCUUAUACAAGUGCACAACUGGUGGAGCUGGAGAAGGAGUUUCACUUUAACCGCUACCUUUGUCGUCCUCGGAGAGUGGAAAUGGCGAAUCUGUUGAAUCUCACGGAGCGCCAAAUAAAGAUCUGGUUUCAGAACCGGAGGAUGAAAUACAAAAAGGACCAGAAGUCUAAAGGGCUCGCGCACUCCCCCCUGGGACACUCCCCAGACCGGAGCCCGCCACUGAGUGGCCCAAAUCACGUUGGAUACUCUGGCCAGCUCCAGAAUGUGAACAGCCUCAGCUAUGACGCGCCCUCGCCCCCGUCAUUUGCCAAGCCACAGCAAAACAUGUACGGCUUGGCAGCGUACACUGCGCCAUUGGGAGGCUGCAUCCCGCAACAGAAGAGGUACCCAGGCUCCGAGUACGAACACCACGGCAUGCAGAGCAACGGAGGGUUUGCCAACGCCAAUUUGCAAGGCAGCCCCGUUUAUGUGGGAGGGAACUUUGUGGAUUCCAUGCCAGCCUCGGGCCCCAUGUUCAACCUUGGCCAUCUUCCCCACCCCUCAUCCACCAGCGUGGACUACAGCUGCGCCGCCCAGAUCCCAGGAAACCACCACCAUGGACCCUGUGAUCCCCACCCCACAUACACAGACCUCACCUCUCACCAAGCGUCUCAGGGAAGGAUUCAGGAAGCGCCUAAACUGACGCAUUUGUAAUAUAUGGUUCCGUGUGUGUGGUGUGUGUGUGUGUGUGUGUGCGUGUGUGUGUGUGUGUGUGUGUGUGCCAAAAUUAUGUUGCGCUCUUUUCUAUUACCUCACUAGUCUAAUAAUACACUCCAAGCGAAUCGUGUGUAUAAUUACAGUAUUACUGAUAUUACUAUUAAUGCUAUUGUGUGAUUAUUUUCUAAAUGAUGCAGCUUUUGUCAAUUCUUCUUGAAAAUUUGGAGAUGCGCAGACGCACACUAGCCUGGUUGUCCAUAGUUCAUUUUUUAAAAAUGCUAAAGUGCAAUGCGCAAUGUUGGACUGAAUAUUUCACGCCGUUACUUGAAGGCAAGUCUUGUAGAUCAUGAAGGUAGAAGCUCAUCCUUAGAGAGAAGGACUUUUAGGGCAAAAUUUUGUCUGUUUGAAUCUCGUUUUAGUCACCCUAUUUAUUGCUUUAUAAUUUUUUCCUCUCAAUUUUUUUGCAUAACCUUUCGCACUACAGCACACAGUCUAUUUAUUAUUUAAAUGCUUUUGUAUUGCACAUUAUUUAUCGCGAGUAUUUAUAAGUGGGGAGUUUGUAAAUCCGGACGGGGCACUGCACUUCCAAAUGUUGGCAAAACAGGGUUUUGGAAAAAUGCUACGAGUCGCAAUGAUUAAUUGAAAAAAAAGUAAGUCUGGUACCAACGGGGCAUAUUAUAGUGUAUAAACCUCACUGGAUGUCCACUUAUGUCAACCCCUAGGCGAAACGUAGACUAUCCAAGUAUCAAAUAUUGUACACACCAGCAUGUCAUUCUUGUGUAUCCAUUGCUAUUUUUUUUAUUGGUCUUCCAUCAUUUUUAUUCAGUUCUAUAAAUUAUGAAACUCUAAUAAUAUCGAAAUGUUAUAUUUUAUUGUGUAUAACAUUUUGUAAAUAAAGUGCUCAAACUUGUA